CGGGGUGUCAAGAGCAGGGAGGGUGACAUGAAAUAUUCCAGCUAUUAACAGCGACCGGUGCAGCUGAUUCUCUCUUCUGGAACCAGAUCAUGAGGAUCUCCUUGUGUUUGCUGCUUUUCUCUGUGGUACACGGUGGAGGUUGCAAAGAAAUGGAAGUGGCUGUAAUUGCAGGGGAAUCCGUCCAGUUACUGCCAGUGGAAUUGCUGGAGCCUUGGGCAGAAAUGACCUGGGAGGUUACACUAGACUCAGGAGAGACAUAUGGGAUUGUAACAUUUAAUAAAGGGGAACCCCCUGACCAUGGGUCAUCCCCACAUUUUAUCAACAGAGUCACUUUCCACCCUGAGAAUCUCUCACUGCAGAUUGAUCCCGUUAAAAAGUCAGACAGUGGCCUCUAUACCUUGAUAAUUGACACUGGAGGAGGCCGUGAAAACCGCACAAAGUUCCGUGUCUCUGUGUUCGACCGAGUCCGGCAGCCAAACAUCAUGGUGCUCUCUGCCCACGCGGAGCUCGGCCAGUGCAACGUUACCCUGUCCUGCUCCGUGCCUGGUGCUGACAGAGUCACCUACGGCUGGUCCCGAGGCACGUCCUGGAUCCCGUCUGACUGGGACCAUCAGCUCCAUGGGCACCAAUCCCUGCUGCACGUAGUGAUUAAUGCAAACAGCAGUGACGUCUUCUACCGAUGUAACGCUAGGAACCGAGCCAGCUGGGCCACCAACACUGUAGAUGUCAAAUUAUUGUGUGACUCCCCAGCCACAGACUUUUUUCAGAAAGUCCCACUGUGGGCAAUUGUUGCUGCAGGGCUGGGGCUGCUGCUUCUGCUCACGACGCUCGCCCUCAUCUUCCUCUGCAAGCAUCGGAAGAAGCAACGCUCCUCCAAAGACGGUGACCCGCCCCUCACCAUCUACGAGGAAGUGGAGGACGCCCGCCCCAGAAGAAACGCUAAUGGACAUGCACAGAGCAGAAUUGAAGGAAACACCAUCUACGCUGAGAUCAACUGCAGCCCACAAGUCGGAGACUUCACGGUGUACGCUUCUGUCCAGAGGCCUCCUUCUGUCAAGAGGAAGAAAAUCAACCCGUCCCUCAUCUCGACCAUCUACACAGAGGUUCAAGAAGCCCCUUCCAGACCCAGGCGUCCUCAAAUGCAGCGCUCAUCUUCACCUAAUCCUGGGCAUUUGUAUUCCUAGCUUCUGCAGCCCCUCGCGGCAGGACACCACCUUCCUUUUUUUAAAGGCCUUUUCCCCGUGGAGCGACUCCUUGCUGAUGGACAGACCUCCACCUGUGCAGAUAAGCACAGCUUUGAUCUGACCUGCUUGGAUGUACAAGACUUGGGGUUCUUCCUCCUUGCACUCAGAGCAGAAAUAUCACAAUAACAGCAUCUUCAUUCGUAUCAUGCAGUCCCAGGCCAAACCGUGAAGGCUCAUUGAAAACAAAUACACAGAAGGAGCAGAGAACAGAUAACUGAACUUUUCCUUCAUUGGGAAAGGUUGUUUGAGAAGGUUUGAUGUGGAAAGAUGGUUGGUUUGUGGGUAUUUUUUUGUUAAUUUCAACUGGUUCAACACUCCUGUGCAGUUUGCAUGCAGGAAUGUGUAGAGAUUUAAUUGCAUUAACAACAGGCAUUGUGGGUUAAUUAGCUUAUUCAUAGCUUUAAAAUAUAGCUAAGCAGGAAAGAUGCUAGUGUAAGUCAUGAGUAACUCCACUGAAGUCAACUGGGCCAGAUACUCUGUUGGUGUAAAUCAACAGAGCUCCAAGUUACAGCUGUGUCAAAUCAGGGUAGGUGAGAGGAGAUUCAGCCCCUACUCUUCACGGAGGUGUCUAAGGGGCAGGGAACAGCACUGGAACUUAAUGUUCUAAAUUUUGGUGACUGAGUUGUAUAAGAGCCCUGACCCAGGUCUCACAUCAUCAGUAGUUCAAGUAGGGUGGUACUCUCCAGUACACAGUACUGGCAAGAGAUUUUUAGGGGAUACCAGAAAGGGUACCAGAAAGACUUGGGGCUAACCCCCUCCCACUUCCUUAAAGGAGCAGAACACGGCUAGGGAGGGCAUUCAUUCUUUAUAUGGCUUUAACAGCACAAUGCAUAUGCUAACAAACUUAAACAAAAGCUUUGUUUAAGUUUGUUAGCAUAUGUAUUGUGCUGUUAAAUUGGUCAGAGUCCUCAAGGGGUGGACGGGGGAGGGAGGGGACCGGAGGGUGUUUAAACAGUGUUUUUGAUUCUGUUUCUCCCCAUUGGUCUGAAUUAUCCAUGACAUUCAUACUGCAUCCCAUCAAGUCCAAAUCAU